GCAGCUCGCGGGGCGCGGAAGCCGCGCGGGCCGGAGCGGAGCGCGCGCACUGCCCGCCCGCCCCCGGCGCGCCCGCCUCCGCUCCGCCUCCGUCCGAGGCGCGGGCGAGGAGGCCGGGGCGGGGUAGCGCAGGGGGCAGGGCCGCGGCGGCGAGGCCGGGGGAACGGGGAGGAGCGGGGCCCGAUAAAAAGGCUGCGAGGCGGCCCCACCCCGCGGCAGGCCGGCGGGCAGGCUCCGCGCUUCCCUUCCGUCCGGCCCGCGCCGGCCGCGGGGAGGCGGCGCGCGCGGCCCGCAGCCCGCCCAUGGAGGCUUUCCCCUGGGCGCCCCGCUCGCCCAGCCGCGGCCGCGCCCCCCCGCCCAUGGCGCUCGUGCCCAGCGCCCGCUACGUGAGCGCCCAGGGCCCGGCGCACCCGCAGCCCUUCAGCUCGUGGAACGACUACCUGGGGCUCGCCACGCUCAUCACCAAGGCGGUGGACGGCGAGCCGCGCUUCGGCUGCGCCCGCGGCGGGGACGGCGGCAACGGCGGCGCCUCCCCGCCCUCCUCCUCCUCGUCGUCCUGCUGCUCCCCCCACGCGGGGACCGGGCCCGGAGCGCUGGGGCCGGCGCUGGGGCCGCCCGACUACGACGACGACGACGACAGCGACGAGCCGGGGUCCCGGGGCCGCUACCUGGGCGGCGCGCUGGAGCUGCGCGCUCUGGAGCUGUGCGCGGGCCCCGCCGAGGCCGGGCUGCUGGAAGAGCGCUUCGCCGAGCUGAGCCCGUUCGCCGGUCGCGCCGCCGCCGUGCUGCUAGGCUGCGCGCCCGCCGCUGCCGCCACUGCCGCCGCGGAGGUGGCGCCGCGCGAGGAGCGGGCCCCGGCGUGGGCGGCCGAGCCCCGGCUGCACGCCGCCUCCGGGGCGGCCGCCGCCCGACUGCUCAAGCCCGAGCUGCAGGUGUGCGUGUUCUGCCGGAACAACAAGGAGGCGGUGGCGCUCUACACCACCCACAUCCUGAAGGGACCCGACGGGCGAGUGCUGUGCCCGGUGCUGCGCCGCUACACGUGUCCCCUGUGCGGCGCCAGCGGCGACAACGCGCACACCAUCAAGUACUGCCCGCUCUCCAAAGUGCCGCCGCCGCCCGCCGCCCGCCCGCCGCCGCGCAGCGCCAGGGACUGCCAGCCGGGGAAGAAGCUGCGCUGAGCGCCUGGGCUCCCGUCUGCCCCCACCUGACGCCACCAGGGUCACCGCCUGCCCGCUCUCUCAUUUUUGGUCUGCGCACCGUCUUUCCCUCGCUGUGGGAGAGGCUUGGAGAUCAGCAGUUGGCUCAGCUUGGGAAGAAGUCUUGGUUUUGUCAAAGCAAGCCGGCCGUACGGAGUACUUUCCUGUCGAAGAGCGGUUGAGACUAGACGCUAACAUCUUGAUUUGUUUAUGUCUAUAGUUUCCAGUUUGUGCACAUCCAGACGGUGAAGGCUGGGUGUGUAUUCCACUACCUGAAAUAUGGCAACUUAGUGGCGCUGUUUAUUUACGGUAUACGUCGAUCUAUUUUAGAUGCGCAUCAGUAUGAAGUGUCUCCAUCUACUCUCGGAUGUUUAAUUUUAUGGAGGCACUUUACUAGGUUUAGAAUAUUUUUUUAAAAGCCUCAUAACUGGACUUGAAACUGACGAUUUUAUGGAAUGUCGGCAAAUUGACUAUUUUAUUGUUUGAAACAAUUUCUUAGUUGUCCUUAAAUCAGUUAUUCUAAUUCCAGGUGAAGCAAGCCCUGGCAGCAUCACUGGUUUGAGAAGUGAAGGUUUAGUAAACUUUCCAGUAUUGAUUUGUGUGGGUUACUCCCUCCUUGUGGCUUGUUUCGGUCUUGGCUGGAGGUGUAAAAAAUGUACAAUCUGUAGCAGGUAGAGUACAGCUCCUUAUCGUUUUAUGUACCAGAUCUUUUUAUUACCGAACUAGGAACUAGUCUUUCCACCUUGAAAAAUUGUGCCAAGUUAAAAUCUUAUUGUGUAUACACUUGGAAAUUGGUGCUGUUUAAAAAACCUGACUUGUGUAUUUAUACAGUAACAGUAUAUGAAUUCAUUAAUCUUGCCUAUAA